AUGCAGCAGCAUCAGGCGGCACCGCCGCCACCGGACAAUCCAGAUUCCGCCGACGCCUUCGCUCCGUCGCUUGUCAGAACUUAUCGCGUCUGGCAAGGCAGUAACGUGUUUCUUUUCGGAGGGAGGCUUAUAUUUGGGCCUGAUGUUAAAUCUAUAUUUAUAUCGAUUUUUCUUAUUAUUGUUCCCAUCGCUGUAUUCUGCGCUAUGGUAGCGAGGAAACUGUUAGACGAUUUUCCUCAUCACUCUGGAUGGUCAAUAAUGGGUGUGGUUAUUGCUCUCACACUGUUUGUCCUAAUCACCCUUGUAGUGACCUCAGGAAGAGAUCCUGGGAUAGUACCUCGUAAUUCUCAGCCUCCGGAGCCAGAUGAUUAUCAGUGGACUGAGAAUAGCAGCAAUGGACAACUUUCUUUGUCACGACUUCCACGAACAAAGGAUGUAAUAGUUAAUGGUAUAACAGUGAAAGUCAAAUAUUGUGAUACUUGCAUGCUCUACAGACCCCUCCGUGCUUCUCACUGUUCAGUCUGUGAUAACUGCGUAGAGCGAUUUGAUCAUCACUGCCCAUGGGUGGGUCAGUGUAUUGGACUGCGAAAUUACCGGUUCUACUACAUGUUUGUUUUCUCAGCCACUCUGCUUUGCUUAUAUGUACAUGCCUUUUGCUGGGUCUACAUUGUAAGGAUUAAGGACUCCGAGAAAAUAUCAAUUUGGAGAGCAAUGUCCAAAUCCAUAGCUUCCAUUGCACUAAUAAUCUACACCUUCGUCUGUGUUUGGUUUGUUGGCGGCCUCACUGUUUUCCACACGUACCUCGUCAGCACAAACCAGUCUACUUACGAAAAUUUUAAAUACCGGUAUGACCAUCAAACGAACCCAUACAACAGAGGGGUACUUAACAACUUCAAAGAAGUAUUCUGCUCUAGAAUUCCUCCUUCCAAGAAUAAUUUUAGGUCUAAGGUUCCAAGGGAGCCAUUAGACUCGUAUCACAGAACGGAUAUUAGGCCCUUAAGCCCAAUGAUGAAAAGAACCAUUAGGCAUAUGGAAUUAUUAGCAGGGAAUUCAGUUUAUAAUGAGCAAGAAGAGGAGGAAAGUCAUUACAGAGAUGGGUCUGAGAAUGAAGCACGUAGCAAGGAUGGUGAAAGCAAAGAUAGUGGAUUGACCGAUAAGUCCCUGGAUUUAAGCAGGAUCCUUCACACAGAAGGAGUGGAGGGCCAAGAAAGUUCACUUGGAAGACACCCUCCAUGUGAAACAACUCCACAAGUUCCUGACAGCAUAAUCGAAGUUGGGCAAUAA